GAAAAGAUGAUGAAGGAGAAACUGUAGAUAUGACUGAGCUCCGAAUAGAAUAUGUGAAGGCUUUUCCGAUCAGGGGAUAUCAUCCAGAAAAAUUGACAUAUUUACGUAUUAUCACAAAUACAAAAAAACAAAGAUCUAUAGCUCUUAAUAUUAUUCUAAAACAUAAUUCAGAAAUUGGAGGUACGCAUAAGCUGGAAACAGCCUCGGAUGAUACGAGAGCAUAUUAUCGAAAAGUUGCUAGAGAAUAUAGGAUACCACUUUCUAGAUGGGCAUUAUUAACUGAUUAUAAAUACAAUAGCAAUGGAAUGCCUUAUAGUGCUCGCUCACCACUUUGUGAACAUGCGUUUUAUGUACCUAUUAAUAAUUACCGCUCUAUGGAAAAUCCCUCAAUUUUAUACAAAAAUUAUCCUUCACAACUUCUUACUCGUGAUCGAGCAUUAGUCCUUACCUGGGAUAUAGAAACACAUUCAAUGCUUGGAUUAGACCAUUUCCCUAUGGCGAAAUAUAAAGAGGAUAAUAUAUUUAUGAUUUGUAUGACUGUUCACUGGAAAGAUGAUCCUACCCCGUUAAAACAAAUCUGCCUUGUUGAUGUGGAAACGGCACCGGACCCAAAUUGGAUCACGAUUAUUUGUGGAAAUGAAAGGAAUCUAUUAAAGGCAUUUGCUCUAUGCUGGCGGGCUUUAGCCCCUGACAUCGAACUCACUUUUAAUGGAUCCAAGUAUGACUGGUCAUUUGUAGUGGAAAGAGCCACCCAACUAAAAAUUCUAGAUUGGAUGAUGGCAAAGAUGUCAGCAAACCCACGAAAAAAGGCUACAAUCGAUUCUAUUCUUCGUUGGAGUUAUUGUGGAGGGGUAGGUGAACCUUUCUAUAAAGAUUUCUUUCAUAAAGAGCAAACAUGGGGGUCUUCCAAAAAAGAAAACAAGGGUAACAAAAAGAAUCGGGAAGGGAUCGAAAUUAAAAUCACCCCAGAUAAAAAUUUUAUAUCUACUUUUCUCAAGGUUCCCGGUUGCGUUCCAAUAGAUGUGAAAGUAUGUUGUGAAAAACUUUAUCCGAAAUCUGAGAAAAAAUCACUCAACUAUUUCUUAGGGAUACAUGGUCUUGGUAGUAAAAUAGAUUUACCAAUAAAAGUUAUGAGAGAAUAUUAUACACGAAGCAAGGAGAAUACCUCACUCGAGACCGCUGAAAAUAUACGUAAAAUUACUAAAUAUUGUAUUAAAGAUGCUUUAAGUUGUCAAGAACUUAUGGUUAAGAGAAAUGUAAUAAAUGAUUACAGAGAGGUGGCCUCAAUUGCAUAUGUUUCUUUAUUCGAUUCGCACUACUAUGCUGGGGGUACGAAGCAAAAAGAAAAAGGCACGUUCCCUGGAGCCUAUGUAUUUCCACCAGAUAAGGGUUUAGAAAAUGAACGGCCUGUCACGGAGGUAGGGAUCGAAAGAGAUGCUCAUGGGUCGGUUGUUCCUAUGAUUUCUCGACAAGAUCUCAAUGACGCACGAGAUUUGUCGCACGCCCGACGUGGAUUGAAGGCGGAAGAUCCAUUACCAGAUGGGCUCUUGGCUAAGAUUGUAGAAUUAGAACAAUCUAUAAAAGAAGAUGCUGAAAUUACAAAGUCAAGAGACGCUGAACUUAAUACCAGAAUGUUCGAAUUAGAACGAUCAGCAAAAGAAAACGAAAAGCUUAGAAACAGAGUGGCGAAAUUGGAACAGAACCAGUGCAUCGAUACUAAUACCAAAUCAUUAGAUGAUGAAACAAAUUCUAACGAUACUUCUGAACAGAUAAUCUCAUGUGAGGAGUCUCACACAUCUAAUUCUGACAUAUACCAGGACUCGGUAACCCCUACAUCUCCCGCAGAAACCAUAUCGUCUGCUUCGCAAAGCGACUUACAUUGCCCGGAAGAGAAGGUAGAAAAUGAAUUUCUGAAUUCAAAACAUAGAGAAACGGUUAGAAAAGAGAUAAUUCAAAACAUUAAGGAGAAGAAGCUUCGGGAUCAAGAGUUACUCUCAACUCCUGAGAAUACUAUCCCUAAAAUUUCUAUAUCACCGAAUAAGAACGUUUCCAUACCCGAAGCAGAGAAAUCAUUACUUAAUAAAGAUCUAAAUAUUCAAGAUACAAAACUUCUUCUUCUGAAUCUAUUAUCUCUGCAUCCAAUCAGGAACAAAGUGCUAUUUCUUCCGAAACAAAAAUUCCCUAUAAUCAAAAGACAAAUUCUUGAAAAUAUGCUAGAUGGAGAUGAUUCAACUCCAGGUUCUGCAUUGCAUUUGGCCCAUUUAUUCGACAAGGCUAAAAAAACUGGCCAGAAAGAAAUUUUACGUUGGUAUUGUUAUAGUGAAGAAUUCGAAAAAAAGGUAAGAGACACUAACUUUAAAAACGAACUUAACGAUCAAAUGGCGAGAACACAGAUCUAUAAUGAAAUGGAACCAUUUCUUCCAGGAAUUAAGAGAGAGUAUUUGCGUAAGAAAACUCAAAAGGCUAGAAAUAUUUAUACAUUAUUCAAAGAAAUAGGAAUAGAUAAAAUCAAGCAAGUUACGUAUAGUGCUGAUGCUAUUUCCAGUUUAACAGGUGUUCAAAUCCAAAACAUAAUAAAGCUUUUCUCUGAAAAACCUGAUGUAGGAUUGGUCAACGAGCAAACUGGAUGUCAAAAAGUAAUCGGCGUGAAGAAUCUUCACGCGCGCGUGACCGAACCUUCUAAAUCAACUACUAAAUUGUCUCAUACGUCUAAUUCGGAAGAUAUAAUAAGUGAGGAUGACAAAUCUUUAUCUAAUACCUCGGUAAGUGUCUCAAAUACUGAAGUCUCACCUAAUAAUACGACUCAUAUCUUUAAUUCCGCUAAUGUUGAUGAGAUAGGUGAGGUAAACGCACCCGAUAGUUCUUUAUAUUUUAAUUCGGGUCCUUUUGAUGAUGAAAAUUCUUGUGAUAGGGACACUGACCCACAGAGUGAGGAUGGAGAUUUCUCUGAUAACGACAAAGAGGAAGAUGAUGAUGAGUUCUGUGGAUUUUCUGACGAUGAUGAAGGAUAUUAUUAUGAUUUAAAUACCGGUGAAACUUAUACAAAAUCGGACCGUUCAAUCUGUGCAUAUUAA